ACGGCGCCUCCUCCUCCUCUACUCUUCUCUUCAACGCCAUCGCCACUAUGAAGGGCUCCUUCGCUUCCUUCCGCCGUUCCUCCUCCGAACCCGCUGUCUCUACCUCUGACGACGCAGGAUCUACGGCACCCGAUUCCUCCGCCGCUCACUCUUCCUUCCUUGCCGAGGAACCCCUCCGCCAUAGCCAGGGCCUUCUCCGUCCCUUCCUCCCGAGCCUCGGUUUCAGCCCUGGCCGCCGCAAGACCCUUCCGGACGGCGCCGCCACGGCCACGUCGUCGCUCGGGUCCCCUCCCGCGGGUCAUCCUGGUGGGUCUCAGAUUUCCCAGUCCUCGACUCGUGGUGAGGAGGGUGGAUCGAGGGGGGAGAUUACCUCUACCUCUCCGACGAGCAAGCCCUCGAGGGAGAGCGAACCGGUUCCGGUCCACCUAUCACCUGUCGCUGUUACGGCGCCGGCUGCUGCUGAUGCAAUCAUCGCCGCCGUAGAGAAGAAGGGCAGCACCACCAAUUCGAAGGCUGCGGUGAGCACUGGGGUUUUUGAGGAGAAGGCAUAUGUUUGGGCAAACAAGUACCGACCAAGUGCUCUAAACGAGUUCAUCUGUAACAGAGACCAGGCUAUGGAGCUCCGCCAGAUGGUUAAUGCAGACCAAUUCAGCCAUUUAAUAUUUGAAGGCCCUCCAGGGGUCGGGAAGAAAACUAUGGUUUUAGCAACAUUGAGAGAUGCCUUUGGACCUGAGAACUUAAAGAUGAAAACCGAGCUGAAAAAGUUUGAGCUGAAGGGAGAAUUCAUUGCAAAUAUUGAAGUUAUCAGGAGGAGAUCUUCCCAACAUGUUGAGGUCAACCUAUCUGAUUUGCAUGGGUACGAGAAACAUGUCAUAAUGUCUUUGAUACAUGAAUCAUAUAUACCAUCAGAUAGAUACGACAACUGUGAUCAUACAAAUGUCAGAGUGGUGGUUCUCCAUGAGGCUGACAAGCUUUCAACAGAUGCUCAACAUUAUGUCUGUUGGCUCAUGGAAAAGUACAAGGGUUGCAAUAAGAUUUUUUUCUGCUGUUCAGAUACCUCAAAGCUUCAGAUCAUCAAACCUAUUUGCAAGAUCAUAAAGCUUCAACCACCAUCAGACAAUGAGAUUAUUGAAGUUCUUGAGUUUAUUGCAAGGCAAGAAUCCAUAGAUUUGCCACACCACAUGGCCAAGAGAUUUGCUGAGAACUCAAAGCAUAAUCUUCGACAAGCAAUACGUUCUUUUGAAGCAUCUUGGAACUCAAAUUAUUCUCUCAAAGAAAACCAGGAUAUCCUAACUGGAUGGGAAGAUGAUAUAGCUAGCAUAGCCAAAAGUAUUGUUGACGAGCAAAGCCCUAAACAAUUGUAUAUAAUCCGUGGAAAGCUUAAGAAUCUUAUCGAGUAUGAUGUAUCGCCAGAUUUUAUAUUUACUACACUUAUAGUUGAACUCAAGAAGCAUUUGGAUGAUCAACUCCAAGCCAAGAUAGACGACUUGUAUCGGGAAUAUAAAAAUUGGGAUAACAUGAGCUUCUUGGAUGCCAUCAAGCAUACAUCGUUGGAACAUCCUGAACCAAGUGACUUGAAAAGGAACGUACGCUAUUUUAUGAGGAUCGAAGAAUUUAUAGCCAAGUUCAUGAGCCUGUACAAAUCAGCCACCACAAAGAGGGUAGACGGACCCUAAAACUAGCAGUGAAUAGCAGUCCUACUAUUUCUAGACAUAUUACAUUUGUGUCUAUAUAGUAGACCAUAUUCAACAUGGUGAAAGGAAAUGGAUUAUUUCCCAGUAGAUGAUUUUACAAGCAGCACAUCAUGUGUAAUUUUGAGUACUUGUCGAUGCCUCACUCAUAAAACAGUCUGCCUAACAAUUCCUUUUUGUAAAGGUAGGGAUGUGCAUGGAUAUAUUGGUUGGAAAUAUACACAAUCAGUAGGUGUA